UUGACGCAUGUGCAAUCGACCUCUUUUCGCUAACGCCGUUCGUUUCCUUGCGUUGAGCUACAUUGUUCUUUAUCUUCAACUUAAUAAUCCUGGCAUAAUGGGCGAAGAAGUUGGUAAAAUCUUUGUUGGUGGUGUGGAGCGCUCAACACAGCCAGAUACGUUCCGGCAAUACUUUGAGAAGUAUGGAAAGCUGAGCGAUUUCAUCUUAAUGAUGGACAAAGAACGUGGUGUGAACAAGGGCUUUGGCUUUGUGACCUUUGCCGAUCCAAGCUGCGUAGAAGCCGUUGUAUCUACGAAAAACCACAGGCUGGAUGGAAAAGAGCUUGAUUGUAAACGUUGCAAAGCCAGAGGAACUGAGACCAGACAGGGUCCUGGAGAUCAGCAAAGGAAGAAGAAGAUCUUUGUUGGAGGUAUUUCACAACAAGCCACCAAAGAUGAUUUAUUUGAGGUGUUCAGCAACUUUGGAACAGUUGAAGAUGUCCACAUCAUGAUCGACAAUGAAACCUUGAAGCACAGAGGCUUCGGAUUUGUGACGUUCGAAAGUGAAGAAGACGUAGAGAAAUUGGUCCAAAUGCAACACGUGGAGCUGAAGGGGAAAUCGAUGGAGAUCAAGAAGGCCCAACCUAGGAACAAUCCAGGACAAGGUAGAAACUUUGGCGGUCAAGGUGGUGGUUUCCAACAACGUGGUGGCGGUGGCGGUAACUGGAACCAAGGAGGCGGGCCUGGAUACGGCGGUAGCAACAACUACGGGGGCGGCAACAACCAGUGGAACAUGGGCCAACCCAUGGGUCAAUUCGGUGGACCGCAAGGUGGUGGAUACCAGCAGCAAAGGGGUGGCGGCGGUGGUGGAUUCGGUGGUCCUCAACAGCAGCAAGGCUUCAACAAUGGUUACAGGCAACCCCAGCAGCAACAAGGAGGCUAUGGCCAGCAACAACCACAGCAGGCUUAUGGAGGAAAGCAUAGUGGGGGAGGUGAUAAUUAUGCAGACCAAAGAUCUCGCAAUGGUGCACCCAACUACGGUAACUACGGAGGAUACCAACAACCCCAGCAGGACCCAUACGGCCAACAACAACAGCAGCAGCAGCCUCAGCAACAGUAUCAAACCCAAGGAUCAAUGGGAAACUACGCUCAAGAAGCUUCAACAUAUGGACCCCAGAGAGGAAACUACAACCAACAAGGGUAUAACCAAGCAGGCCCACAGACACAGCAACAACCACCACAACAGAACUAUGGGCAGGUAGAGGGUGGACAAGACAUGUACGGUAGCAACAACUAUGGCAAGGGCAACAUGGGCAACCAGUUCCAUCCAUACAGUCGAUAAUCGUCUAACCUGAAAGCUCGUGGGGACAGUCCUCGCAAUCACAAAAUGUUUUCUAUGUUUAAUAUUAAAGGUUUGUUUGCACUGCUGAUAUUUUCAAGACCCUGCUUGUAAAUUUUUUCCCAUUAUUUGUAUCCAGUGCUAUCGUGUUGUUUGGGGAUGGGGGAUCAACUUUUCUUUUUUUGGCUUGCUUCCCUUUAAAGGUAAUCUCUGGCUAAUUUGUAGGUUUUUUGUGAAUUGUUAAAUAUUACUGCACAUUGUUAGGUGGUUGCUAUGUAUGGUGAAUUACAAUAUUUGACAUGUAAAUGAUUUGUAUCAAGAAAAUGACUAUACCUUACUCUGGUGCAGCUUUCCACAGUCGUAACACGUUCACAUUAAUUAAGUUUUGACACAUAAUUGCAAGAAAAAUAUUACUAUGCCUUGCUCGGUAGUUGCACAAAUUUUUAAGCUGCAAUAUUUCUACAAUCGACUUUAAUAGUAACACCUUCAAAUGAAUUGAAAUCAAGCAUUCCCUCUUGCUUAGAUAUAUUCAAGACAUGUCAAUUGGUGGAUUACUCUGUAUAUAUUUAUUUUGAAACCACUGGUUAUUGGGUGUCAACGCUAUUGGCUUUGAAAGUUGGAAAUAAUACCUUUGCAAAGAUUAUGUUGUGCUUAUGAGGGCUAGAGGAGUUCAUAUUGAGUCAUGGAUCAUAGUAGAAGUUGUUGAAGCACUUUUUAAUCCAAUUGUAAAAAUACAAGGAAUAAUAUUUCAUGUUAAUACAUGCUAUAGAUUGCGUUUUUUUUCUUGGGGCAUAUGUUUGCAUGCUGUGCUUGAUACCUACACACUCAAGAGACUGAUGAUUAUGGCUAUUCAUUAACUUUAUCACUUGUUUAGUUGAAUUUCAUUAAUCACGUAUGACUGCAACAGUCGAGUCACCCUUGAGUGUGAGAACAUUUUUGAUGUAAGUACUGUAUUCUGCCUACAUAUUUUCAAUCAGCUAGAAUCUCAGGGCUAUUAUAUCAUAUACAAGUUUUGGAUUUCUGUCAAUAAGAAUUCAGUGAGGCAUUUUUUUCCUUAGAACAGAACAAUGCCUUCAUCAUAUAUUUCAUGGAUUUGUACGAAAUUAAUUUUUCAAUGUAAAUUCAACAUAUUUUGAUCAUUUUU